UUGUUACCACAAAUAAUACCUUUACCUUGACUUUUUGUGUUUGUUUUCGUAUUUUUAGGGAUAUUUACCGCAUUUUUAAUAGUUUCUAUAGGAUAUGUAGGGUUUUUUGUUGAAAAAAAAAUAUUAAAAACUAGUGUUAUUUCUAUGCCUUGGUAA